AUGAAUAAGAUACUUACUGUCCUUAUCGUUACCUAUUGGCAUAUGACACUAUUGAGUGGUACAACCGUACAAGGUAUUGUUAUUGAUGCCGAUUAUAAUCGCGCGAAUUAUGACAAUCCAGCAUCGUUAACUAAUUUUAUUGACGAAAAUGAUAUUAUAAAUAGUGUUGAUGGACAAGAAAAUGUUCAUCCAUCAUUUUAUGACGAAAACAGAAACGCGCUUUUCUAUGCUAUGAUUGAACCACAUCCAAAUUUGUUCAGGGGCCAAAAAGAGAAUAACAAGAGCAAACAACAAAAACCCCGCCCAUAUCGUCCAUCAGCAUCAUAUUAUAAACGAUAUGCACCUCAAGCAUUCCAUGCCAUGCGUGGAAAACGAACAGUUUCUUAG